AUGGCUUCCCCUGCUUUGGUCGUUCCACCGUUGACACCGGCUCCUUCUGCAUCGAAGGAAUCCCAAGAUUCCUUGAAUGGAACGCAAUCGAACGCAUUUAUUCGAGGGUACCAGCGAAUAUUUCAGACUUUGGGAUUCAAGAAAGGAUGUAGUUUUAUACUUUGGUUCAUCUUUGGGGGCGGAUUGCUCGGAUUCGUUCUCGCCCGGUUUAUGUAUCUUCACGUCCCAACGAUGCUGGCGGAGAUAGCACCAGGUGAAGCCUACUGGUUCCGUCGAGGCAUAUACAAGGCCGGUAUGCUCGUUCACCUCGGGAGCAUUCUCCCAUCCGGUUUCCUCGCCGUCUUCCAGUUCGUCCCCGCCAUCCGAUACAAGGCUAUUCUCGUCCACCGAAUUUCGGGUUACGUCUCCAUCUUUCUCUUGUUCAUCGGUAUGGCCUCGGCAUUUGUCAUUACCCGUCGCUCGUUUGGGGGCGAGAUGGCCAGUCAGACAUGGACGAUGACGAUUGGGCCGUUGGUUCUCGUCAUGGCGACCCUGGGGUGGGUGAAUAUCAAGAGGUUGCAGAUUGACCAGCACCGCAAGUGGAUGCUGAGGACUUGGUUCUAUGCGUCUUCGAUCAUUACUGCAAGGUUAAUCAUGAUCAUUAGCGCCAAUAUUCUAUCCACGAUCGGGCAGUAUUAUGUUGUAUGGAGCUGUGAUGAAAUCCUGUAUACUAUCGAUAACAAUUCUACUCGGUUGAUGGAGAUGUUCCCUGCUUGUUCAUCGGGUUCUCUCGAGUCGGUCCAUGUUGCGGUUUCAGCCGUCUGGACCGAGGCCAUAAACAUCGGUUCCGCUCUUCGUCUAACAUUCGGGCCUUCCUUGUGGAUUGCAAGUCUCGUUCAUGCUAUUGGCGUGGAGAUCUACAUUCACCUCACACCAGGUGAAACUGCCCGACUGCGAAAAGUUUCGUAUCAAAAACAAUUGGAGAGGGGCAUGAAACAUCCUGGAAGUAUGGGUACGGUUGGGGACAAACUCGGAGACAACUAUGGAGUCGCAUAUAGCCCUGAAUAA